AUGUCGUCUGAAAAAGAGAUCUUGGAACGUGCUAGACCUCCUAAGUUCCCGCUUGUGAAUCAGUCUGUACCUUUCAUAUUCGAUGCCAAUAUAGACCAACUACUGAGCUCUCAGUUCCAGUCAAACAUUGGCUCGGUAGCGAUACAUCCUCUUUCAACUCCCAUUAGCUAUGGCUUGCAGAACACCACCGAGAGUGGGAUGGUGACCCCUGGUGCGGCGGCCUCAUCUCGCUCGAGAAAACGAGCAAAAUCCCAAGGUGACCAGCAAAGUUUCGAUUCUCUUGAUGAGGUCGAGCAAGGCGCCUUGGUGAAAAGAAGACUUGUAACGAACACCAGAAAUAUCAUUUCAGAGUAUGAACAAAAUAAGGAUGAAGAGAGCGCGGAACAAAUUAUUGAAGAGACCUAUACUCAAUUACCCCUUCCAUCGCCUUCCGCGUCACCUACACAUUCCUCUAUCCAAAAUGAGGUACUGUCAAUAGAACCAUCUAAUAUUGGCCAACAACAAAGCAAACCUGCAAAGUAUGAAAAUAGCUUAGCAUUAGUACAGCACGGGGAUGAUAUUGCCGAAUGCUUUAGAAAAUCAAAACUGGUGAAUAAUAUUACCUUGAUUGAUAUUCUCAACAAAAAAUUGUCGAAAAAUUCGAAAAAUUUGCUACUCUAUAGCUUAUUAGAAACAUCAGAUAGAACCACUUUAUCUAUCUUGGCCAACCAUAUCACGAAAUUUCUUAAAUUUGACAUCCUUUCGAAUCUUCCGUUGGAAUUAUCGGCGAAUGUUUUAUCAUUCUUGGAUUUCCGUUCGUUAGUCAAUGUAUCGGCGGUUUCCAGAAAUUGGAUGCUGUUGGUCAAUAAAAACGGUAAUGUUUGGAAACAAAGAAUAUUAUUUGAUAAUCUUGUUUCUGGUCCACAAAUAAUUCAACGGGAACUAUUAAGUUACGAUGAGAUAAUAUAUAAAUAUUAUACCAUCAACGAAUCAUUUUAUUCAAAAUACCUGGCAAAAUUCCCCAGAUCAUGUUUUGAACCGAACAUCCACAAACUUAUUUAUAAAAAAUAUUAUUUGACAAACAAGAAUUGGAAUAAUCCUAAAUACGAGCCGCGACGGAUUUCUUUGAAAGCCCAUGGCGGGAAUGUCAUAACCUGUCUACAAUUUGAUGAAGACAAAAUCGUUAUUGGUGCAGAUGAUGAUAUCAUCAAUGUUUUUGACACGAGUACCGGCAAAAAAAUCAGAGUGCUACGGGGCCAUGAUGGUGGAGUUUGGGGAUUAAAAUAUAUUGGGAAUACCUUAGCUACUGCGUCGACUGACAAGAGUCUUAGAGUUUGGAAUUUAAAGACUGGUAAAUGCUCGCAUAUUCUUAGAGCUCACAAUUCUACCGUUAGAUGUUUGGAUAUCAUUGAGCCAACGGUAGUUGGGAAAGAUGAAAGAGGUGAUGAUAUUAUCUAUCCAAAGGCCCCGAUAUUGGUUAGUGGUUCCAGAGAUCAUAAUUUGAUCAUGUGGGACUUAUCAAUGGUGAAAGAUGAUGUGGAAAUCAACAAAAAGUUUGGGCUUAAUUAUUCUAAAGAAGAAAUUGCAAUGUCGCUAACGGAUAAACCAGUCGAACAUACUCCAAGGAGUAAAUACUUCCUAGGGUGCUUGAAAGGACACACAGCUGCAGUAAGAUCUAUUUCAGGUCAUGGUAACAUUAUUGUCUCUGGGUCUUAUGAUUCUAACGUUCGUGUUUGGGAUGUGGAAUCAAAGACUUGUAAAUAUGUGCUUACCGACCAUAGUUCAAAAGUUUAUACCACUGCGAUCGACGCCAAGAGAAACCGGGCUUUAUCUGGAUCAUUGGAUUCUACCGUGAAUGUUUGGGAUUUGUCUAAUGGUUCAUUAUUGUUUUCUUUGACGGACCACAGUUCUUUGGUUGGUCUCAUUCAAUUAUCACCAAAAUAUUUGACCACCGGUGCCGCCGAUGCGACAAUAAGAGUCUGGGACCCUGACACCGGGAAAAUUCGUCACGUACUUCAAGGCCACCCUGGUGCCAUAACUUGUUUCCAACAUAAUGAUCGGCGAGUGAUUUCUGGAUCUACCAGUCUUUUGAUGUGGGACAUCGAUACUGGUAAACAAAUCCGGGGAUUUUUGGAAGACACCACCAGUGUUUGGCAAGUGAGAUUCAAUGAUAAAGUUUGUGUUGCUGCGGUGCAAAAAAACGAAGAGGCCUGGAUUGAAAUUUUGAAUUUCGAACCUGAUAGAAUCCAAUAA